CGAGCCGUUAAUUCUCCAAGUCACUCGAAGUUUAAACGAACUGUUUUUGUAGCUUCAAUCACAAAUACCUUCGCCAUCUCCUCACUGCUUCAACUCUCUUUCUCUCUCUGAAUUUUCAUGGCGGACAGCACGACGACCACCGCCAAGGCCUUUGACGUGGAGAAAACGACCUCCGUGUACGCCGUCGCCGACGAAGAUGAGGUCUCUCCCAUUGAGGAGGUCCGAUUGACAGUGACCAACACCGACGACCCGAAUCUGCCCGUGUGGACCUUCCGAAUGUGGUUCCUCGGCCUCCUAUCCUGCUCUCUCCUCUCCUUCCUCAACCAAUUCUUCGCCUACCGGACUGAACCGCUCAUAAUCACGCAGAUCACCGUGCAGGUCGCCACACUUCCGAUCGGACACUUCAUGGCCGCCGUGCUUCCCGCCACCAAGUUCCGGAUCCCCGGACUCGGGUCCAAGACGUUCUCGCUGAACCCGGGCCCGUUUAACAUGAAGGAGCACGUGCUCAUCACCAUAUUCGCAAAUGCGGGAAGCGCCUUCGGAUCCGGGUCGCCUUACGCCGUCGGUAUCGUUACCAUCAUCAAAGCCUUCUACGGCCGAAGCAUCUCCUUCUUGGCUGCCUGGCUUCUCAUCCUCACCACUCAGGUGUUGGGAUACGGAUGGGCUGGGCUGAUCAGGAAAUACGUAGUCGAACCAGCCCACAUGUGGUGGCCCAGUACCCUCGUUCAGGUCUCUCUUUUUAGGUAUGAUUUUUCUUUUUGGUUCUUUUUCAUUUCUCUCUCUCUUAAUCUAAAUGGCUAGCUCAUAAAAGUCUUCUCAUAUUUGUUAGGAAAAAUGUCUUCUCAUAUUUGGACAUCGUAAUUUACGCCCUUCGCUUGUAAUAGAAGAUGAAGAAAAGAAGAGAGAGAUUGAGCACAGACAAUACAUUUUUUUCAAAAAGAAAAAGAAAAAAAAUCUCACACCUCACUUAUAAAAGAAACUCUUAACAAUUGUGUGGUUGUGCGUGUUGUUAAAUACUCGGUGAAGUUAUUUUGUAAACUUUCUUCAUAGAAAUUUCAAUA